AUGCGCUCCACACUGAUGCUGUUAUCUCUCCUGCUGGUCUCGGCUGCAGCAGGUCGUCGAGGAGCGCCCACUGGUAAACCCAAGACGGGCAAAUGGGGCACUCCUUCUCCCGUUCCGUUUCUGGACAUGUCUCUCCCGCUCGAAGAAGACUUGGCCAAGGAUAUUGAUGACUUGACCGCCACGAAGAAAGUCAAAGCUGUCAAGAAGCGCCCUGCCAAGUUUGUCAGCUCCCCCGUGCCAGGACCCAUGCCAGCCCCUGCGCUGUUUGGUUUCCCACCCAUUAUCGGCUUGGAGUAA